AUGGGGAGUCCUCCUGCGAAGAAAGUCCUGAUCACCUCCAAUGGCGACGAGAUUUCACAGAGCAUCGCCUUCUCUCUGGCCCAACGCGGCUGCAGGUUGGUGUUGAUGGGAAAAGAGAGCUUCCUGAGGCGCUUUGUGCAGAAAAUAACGGCCUCACUGGAGGGUGAGGUGGCGCCGGUGGAGAUGGUGGACGUGGACGUGGAGGACGAGAGGGAGGGAGCUUUUGAUGAGGCGGUGGAGAAGGCAUGCAACAUCCUGGGUAAUUUGGAUGCCUUUGUGCAUUGCUAUAGUUACGAAGGUCUAUAA